UAAUCGAAAGUCGUGGAACGCCCAUAGACUUAUAAAGCCAACCAACUCAAAACAUAGCCUCUCGCAAGCGUAGCGCAUGCUGCUGCUUUUUCAUUAAAAUGACCAACAGAGUGCGAACUUAAGUUCAACCAUCUCCCGUCGGUGGUAGUUCUGAUCACGGUUCUGACGGUUCUGCGUGUUCUUUGGUGUGCAAUGGUAUUGUGUGGGCAUUGUGAGGGUCAAAAUAGUGGUGACACGCCAUGUUUACAAGGUUAUAUUUCAAUAAAUUCCAUAAAUAUCGGUUACGGCGUUACGUCAAAAAAACUUGUCACCCCAUAUUAUCAUCCGUGAUUGUUUCAUGGAAUUUACAAUAAUUGUAUAAUACUAUCGCUUUCUCAUAGAAAUGUUGUGACAGUUAAGUGUGGAAUUAGACAUUAAAGUACAAUUUUUAUUAGAAUAUCAUUUUUUAUUAUCCUUUAACGAAAAUACUUAACGAAUAGAAACCAAACGCUCACGAAACUGGGCAAAGCUAUCACAGAACAACUUGAAAAGUUAAAUCAGCAAUCCACGUCCUAUUGCAUGCAGUGGCUAUUUAUUACAAUUGUGAUAGACAUCCCUCUAGAACUGUAUGGCACAACAGUUCAACAGGUGUGGUAAAGACAUGGGUACUCAAAUUGAUGUACCGUUCUUGCAAGAGAAAGAAAAUGAUUUAUCUUACUACACAUCAAUUGAUGAUGCCACGAAGACAUGGCUGAAUACUUUGCAUUGUACCUGGGGGUUAUGGAAAAAAAGUGACGGCGUUACCAAAAUGCUCACUGAUUAUUUCAGCACGGCACCAAAUCCAUAUCUGAGCGUCCUACGCAUUUUGGUAAAUGUCUCGGACAAGUCCAUCAAGUCUAAGAUGUCUCUCAGCUUUACAGUUGCAGAGGAUUUUUCAAAAUGGAUUUCAUCGAGAAAGGAUGUUUACAAGGACUUUUUGCAAGCUGAUAUAAAAUCUGCCACUUUCGACUUGCUGACUAUGCAAAAAAACCUGCAACUGACCAAAAUUGUGUUCGACACAUACAAGCUUGCAGAACACAAAGAAUUAUUCUUACCUGCAUUACAGAAUAUGAUAACAGAAAAGAGGUACAAGGAUGCUGCUCAAUACGCAUGUAUUUUGCAUUUGCAAUCAUAUUUUCUAAACCCUGAGGUGUUGCUGCUGCCCCUAAUUUUACAGAAUAAACUGACUUUAGUCGAUGAUCUUCUAGUGAAUUGUAUGGAAGCUCAAAAAGCUCUAAUAACAUACUUGGAUGAUCUCUUGGCCUCAGGCAAAAAUAUAGAAGCUGCAUUAGAAGCUUUUGUGGAUCGCAAUCAAAUACCAGAGGUAAAGAUAUCGACAAUGCAACUGCGCCCGAUGAAUAAGUUGGUCGGACGUUUGGCAAAACAGUACAACUUGCCACCAGAAUAUUGUCCCAAUUUGAAUCAGAGACGAGGCGAAGGGGCACUGAAAUUUUUAAUUUACAAACGCUACGUCGACUGUAAAAUUCGUGGAGAAAGUUGGAAUGAAAUGGUUCGUGAAACAGUCGGAACAGACUCUCGGCUGCAGUUUGAGUUGGUCAAAUCGUUGGCGCAAGCAAAUGACACCAAAGAAGCUCUGCGGUGGGCAAAGGAUUAUAAAAUGCCUAAAGAUCAGUGGCCAUGGGCUCUGGUAGACUGUGCAGAGGUAGAGCUCAAAGAUUUGAAUACUAACCCUGAAGUUGCUGCGGAAGAAAACUGGGACGUAGAAGAAGAUCCGAUACGAUAUCAUACUCUACAUUUACCUAGAGGAAGCAUCAAAAUAGUAAAUGAUACACGAACAUUUGAGGAGUUUCUAACCAAAGGUUUGAAAGAAGUGAAGAUUGUCGGAAUAGAUUCGGAAUGGAAGCCUAGUUUUGGUACAAAGCAGAGCGAUUUGGCUCUCAUACAAAUAGCCACCAAGACCACCGUAUAUAUACUCGAUGUUAUCAGUACGGGAAAAGAGCUGACCGAUUUAUGGGCCAAGAUUGGAAUAAUGUUGUUUGACAAUAAAAAUAUUUUGAAGCUUGGAUUCGGUCUAGCCCAUGAUAUCGGCAUGAUUAGAGAGAGUCUUCCGGCAUUGGCAAGUAUUAAAGCCACAGGCCAGGGAUAUAUGGACCUACUGCAUCUUUGGAGAAAACUGACAAAAGAGCAUUGCUUUCAGUUUCCCUACAAGGGUGAUUCAGCUUUUACGAACGAAAGCUUGAGCAAGUUAGUUGAGCUCUGUAUGGGUCAUAGACUAAAUAAAUCGGAUCAAUUUUCCAACUGGGAACGAAGGCCAUUACGGGAGAGUCAACUGACUUACGCUGCUUUGGACGCAUACUGUUUGUUGGAAAUAUUCGAGGUGCUCAGAGUUCAGUGUGCACGUCUGGAUGUUGCAUUUGACGAACUUUGCGCAGAGACCCAACAUAUUCCGCCCAAACUGCCGAAAAAAAACCUUAAAAAACAAGCUGCAAAGGCUGGCUCAGGAACUUCGAGCAUUUCGAUCCACACAGCAGAGAGCAGUGUUCAGAAAUUUGAUCAGAAGAAUACAGAAAAUAUCAAGAUGGAACCAUGGACAGGUAUGCAAGCAGCACAUGAAUGGCGUGUUGUAUGUGAUUCUAUGCUCGGUGGUUUAGCAAGACAGUUACGUAUGUGCGGAUGUGAUUGCAUUUAUGUUGAGUUUGACCGAAGAGGAGACCAGUCGGCUAAGAUAGCUAUGCAACAAAAACGUGUGUUCCUAACGCGAGGUAGCGCAUACAACAGGUUUGCUCCCUCCAUCGGGCAAGGCUAUUGCUACAGAGUACUGGAGGAUAAACCGGAAGAUCAACUGAAAGAAGUUUUAAAUAACUUUAGAGUCUUGGUUAUGCCAAAGGACAUUUUUAGCAGAUGCCAGAUUUGCAACUAUGAUGAAUUCGUACAAGUGUCUAGGAAUACUAUUUUUGAGUUGGAAAAAAGUUUCACAAAAAUUAGGCACCGAAAUGACCAUAAGUUUCACCAAGGUAUAUUUAGAGAUGUCGAUAAUGUAACCGCUGCUUCUACUGCCACAGACAGCGAUACAAAUUUAAUAUCAAAUCAGGAUUCAAAGUUAAUUCACGAAAAACGGGGAACGUUUUACAAUUGCAACCGUACAUGGCGUCUCACUACAGAGACACUAGAUAUUGCCAGCUGUGCCACCAGGCAUAGGGUUACAGUGCAAUUGGAUAAAGUACCACCAAACGUGUUGAAAAACGUUGAACAGUUUUAUAUUUGCGAAUGCUGCGGAAAGGUAUAUUGGGACGGAUCACACAUGGAGCGAACUCUGAAUGAUCGUUUCUGGCACAAAGUUUAUCUCAAACAAAUAAAUACAUGUAUUCCAAAUUAUUUAUCAAUUUAUCACUAACCUAAAUCCAAUUCGGGUCAGGCAGUUACGUAACAUCUGAUGUAUCGGUAUUAUUUGAAUGUGAAAUCAGUUCGGCAGGUACGUGCGAAAUGAGCAUAAACCGAGAACAGUCCAUCUAUAAAUUAUAUCAAACAUUGGUGAAAUGCUGUCUAUCUCGCUUCUCAACCCUUUUAGUUGGUUGCUGAUGUAAAUAUUAGGCGAAUGUCCUGUUUCGACAUUGUUCGUAUAUUUUUGUUUUUCAAAUCUUGUUCUUGUACUUGAAUAAUAUUACAAGUUAUACAUGCAAUGACAUAUUAUCGAAGCAACGCUAAUAGUAUCGGUUUCGCUACAGAAACUGGUUCUAUAUGUAACUGAGAGAUGAAAUGGGCAUAUCAAUGAGUAUUUGACACCGUUUUAAUACCUUCAAUACAGGGAAACGGAAUUCGUAAAAAAUUAGUGAAACUAUUUCUUGAAAAACUCUAUCACUCCCGUAACAUCAGAACCAACAAACCUUGAAAUAUUUACUACAGUAUUUAAAACAUGGCACUGAUCAAAAGUUUCAUUCUGCGAUUUUAUAUUUCCACAUGUUUUUCAACAGUUCUAUACGUAGUGUGAAAAAAUUAUAUGUAAUUUUUUUCGAUAACUAAACUAUUUUAAGUUGUUUGUAAUUGAUCAAUAAUAUUUCACCCUUUGAUUUUUCUACUCAAUUAACGAAUAUUCAGAAUAUUAAAAAUAGGCUGAGUAUCCCUUACGGAAAUCAAGUGAUUUCUUCGUUGUUUUUUUAAUUCUCAUAGCACCCUAACAACUCGUCAACAUCAUUUCUCAAUUCCGACAACUCGGCAAGAAAUUAGAAGGGAAAAACGCCAUUACAAACAUUUCCUUUCAUCUCAGGCGUAAAUAUCUCUCUUGAUGUAAAACAAGUGUCACUCAACACUUUGCGUCAACCAAGUGCUCGUGGGUAUUGAUUGGAUAUAAGUGACUCAGUAUUAUUGACUACUUAAUACUUAAACUC